AUGGCCUACAUACUGCCUUACACAAUUCACAUUCGCAACUUCUAUUAUACUUUGUUUUAUGGGGCUGACGGGUGCUGUGCCUCGCUCCCUGGAUGGUACACGUUCGCUGCUGGAGGAGAUUGGACAUAUACCGGCCAACAUGGGCCAACACACUGGGGUAGCCUCUUCCGUACGUGCGCCGGUAGCAGUCAAUCACCUAUCAACAUCGAAACCGGCAACGUGAAACCUGAGUACUGGAAACCCUUCGUCUUCAAGAACUACGAUGACCCCCCCACACGUAUGCGCGUCAAGAACAAUGGCCACUCUGCCCAGGUCGAGAUGGACGCUCGUGCAGCUCCCCGUGUGCUUAACGGCGGUCUCAAGGGCGAGUACAUCUUCGCACAGUUCCACUUCCAUUGGGGCUCAGACUCCAGCCUGGGCUCUGAACACACCAUCGACGGCGUCAGGUUCCCCAUGGAGCUUCACUUGGUGCACUACAAGGGGGCGUACGGUAGCCUGGCCCAAGCUAUCAAUCGACAGGACGGUCUGGCUGUGCUCGGCGUCAUGCUGGAGGUGUCUAAGACCGACAACCCCGCCCUCACCCCCCUCGCCACCGCCCUCAGAAACAUUACUGAUUCUGGUAUGUACGCGCAGGUGCACGCUAACUACCCUCUGAAGGCCUUCCUGCCCAACAACCUGGAGAAGUUCUACAGGUACCAGGGCUCCCUCACCACACCCACCUGUAACGAGGUCGUCACCUGGACCGUUUUCGCCAACGCUAUCCCCAUCUCCGAGGCUCAGCUGAAUAACUUCCGCGCCCUGCUCAGCGACCACAACGAACCCAUCGUCAACAACUUCCGCCCCCCUCAACCCCUCAAUAACCGCAAGGUUCUGGUGGCUGCUCAGAGUGCCGGGGACUCUGCUGCCAUGAAAAAGAUGGGGCUUGUACUCUACUUCAUGACGUCUAUGGCCGUCCUCAUGAUGAGCAUGUAGAGGCCUUAAUUAACUGUUUGUUCACCUUCACCACCACCGCUACUCUACCCAUCCCCAUUCUUCCUCCACCUUCUCAAUCUUUGGCUGCCACUCAGAGAUAGCAGAGUCCACCUCCUGCAUUACAAGAGUUGACACAUCUAACAGUUGACUCACUCGCCCCUAUAAGAUUGACACUGUUGUUAGGAGUUGCAGUUGCUGCUGCCACCAUGGCUGGCUACCUAAUGAAGGGAAAAUCUCAGUCUAUUCUAAAAAAAAAAAAAACACCAAGAGAAUAACAUUAUAAUGAAGGUCAAAUGAUUGAAUUGGUUUAGAUUUCGUCUUAUUCUAAUGGAUGUGUGAUAUUACAAUCAGAGAGCUAAGGAACUUUGUAAAUAGUUCAUAAACUAAAUCCAGGAAUGUGCUGGUGAAGUGUUCAGGAAAUGAUACCAGUAGGAAGAACUUUAUGUAGGAGUGUGGAGGAGGUGGAGGAUGUGGGUGGUGAAUGGAUGGUCACUGGCCGUCUGGGUCCAAGUGCUACGCCGGUGUUGGAUAAUGUGGGAAAUCUAUCUCGAUUCCGCUGCAAAGAGGUGUAUUUUUUUAGAUUUCAUCACAUAUGUUUUGGAUUUAGAUCUGGCUUCAUUAUGUAUGUGGUUAGAAAGUCAAACUAUAUGAACACGGUACUACUUGUUCCAUCUGUAAUUUGUACACAUUAUUUGAUACCAGUGUCCUGAUGCCAGUAUGUUUAGAAGGCCAGUACUUACCAAGAUAAUCAUACUCUGCCAGAUCUGACCCACUCAAACCCUCAAAACUUUAAAAACAAAUUUAAAACGAACGUGAUUUAUUGUUUUUAAUUAGAAGACAACUUUUCACUUUGUUAUAAAAUAUUAUUUGUUAGCAUAAAUACUACAGUGGAUUAUAGAACCCUGAGAUGUAAAUAGGCCAGUGUUAUUCCUAGUCUCAUUUGUUGAACAGAUAAUCAAGUGUUUGUCUAUACAAGAAUAGUCGUCUGUAAGGUGUGUGCAAUGUUGGCUUGACCAUUCCUCAGCUGGCUCCAGGCAAGAGGGACCCUCAACACUGCAUUAACCACUCAUACUCUGUUCAUAUCGUUUACAUCAGUUGAAAUAUUGACAGUCUUUAGCAGUAGUGUGUUCAUGUAUAUGUGUGGAAUACAUCGCACCACACUAAUGCCAGAGAUUGUGUAGUUUAUGUUGGAGUAAGAAGAAAACAAAUGCCCCUACCAUCCCCCUGAUAGCUCGACCAGGGCUCCUUCUGUGUUGUAGAUAGGUAACAUUUCACACCGCCCCCUCGCUCAGCGGUGUCUUGUCUCACCAGGCAUGUAGAUAUAAGAAUAGCUCGCACAAACUUUGUGGGUACCAAUGAGCAAGUGAAGAAUCAGACAUGAAAACAUAUUUAAAUUAUGUAUUUAUAAGAUCAUCCAGGACCCGGUACCCACAAAACACCACAACCCUUGCUUCUGACCUUGUGUAUAUUCCCCCUUGUAUACCAUCAUGUAUACUGUCAGUGGUGCAGUAUGGAGGUUCCCACCACCUGUACCUCAACCCUCUCCUACUCCCUGUUUAAUAAGUAAUCCACCACCAGUUGCCCCCGUUAACCCCUCCUUGCCCCAUAGUGUACUGUAUAUUUGGUAGUACAGUCCAGGAUCUGGACUGUCAAUGACUCAAGUUAAUUUUCCCAUAGACUAAGAUAAGAGAACGCACCUAGUUAUAAGAGAGUGUUAGUGCAAUUUUGAUGCUGUUUUGGAUGUUAGUUUUGUAUUGGAAAUUUAGUGAAUUGUUUGUAUGUGUUCUUAUGUCUCCAGGUGCUGGGAAAAUUUAACAAAUGAACCUUUGAGAAUCCGAGAUCAGGUAGUUAUCUCUCUGUCUCUCUCCAAUAUUUCUCCUCUUCUGCUGUUGCUACUUUUUUCUCCUUGUUCUCACUGUUUUCGUAAGUCCUCUAUACAGUAGUAUGUUCUUGUUUCCAUUUCUAAAUACUUUAAAAUUCCUGUGUUAUCCUUUUACUGUAUUCCAUCAGCCAAUUUAUUUCUCCCUUUCUGCCGCUCAUCUCUUUUCUUCCUUCAACUUCAACUUCUUAUAAAAAAAUUAAAUGUAAGUGUAUAUAUAUAUAUAUAUAUAUAUAUAUAUAUAUAUAUAUAUAUAUAUAUAUAUAUAUAUAUAUAUAUAUAUAUAUAUAUAUAUAUAUAUAUAUAUAUAUAUAUAUAUAUAUAUAUAUAAGCAAUUACACAAGUUUUAAGUGGGUGAAAUGCUGUGCUGGCCACUGACUGUACCUGACAGUCACACAGUGAGUGGUACACAUUGGUUAAAAGGUUUCUUUAAUGUUAUCAUCACCUUCAUUGUAAUUGAUAUCAUUAAAUAAUUUUGAUUCUUUUACCAUGAAAUAUUAGUAAUAAAUUAUAGCAUUAUA